GCUUGCCUCUGCUGACAGCGGCCGCCCUGUGCUGGUGCUGGGGGGCGGAAGGCCAGGUCUAUUAUUCUUGUGGGGCUCAGUUCAAUUCAUUGGAAAGAGGCUUAAUUUUAUCUCCUGGUUUCCCAAACAAUUAUUCAUCAGGGAUGCACUGUAUUUGGCGAUUUCUUAUUCCUGCUAAGACAUACUUAUUGUUGGAAAUCUUUGAUUUUGAUGUGUUUGAAAGCAUAAGUGAAAACCCGAAUGCCUGGGACGGAUAUUUUUCUUUUACAAAAAAUACAAACAAGGAUUCUUCACACACUGAAGAAACCACAGAGUCUUCAAGCACCAUCUUUCCUGCCAAGACUUCGGUUCCCCAUGAUCUUGACCCAAAAGAGCUUGAUGAUGGCUUUCCAGAAGCUACUUCUCAAAACCAUGAGUGGGAGGAAUUCCAUCCAAGAGGAGAACCCAAAGAAGUAGCUGUUACUCAACCAAGUAAAUUCCCAGUCCAGGGAGUAACCAGUGAUACCUUGACAAGACAAAUGUCUGAUGGAAAACAGGAGAAUAAGGACUUGGUGGACAAAAUAUUCUUUGCUCAUCAUCCUGCUAAGGAGAAUGCCGAAGUUCCUCAGAAACAUUUAGGAAAGGUGAUUUUUGGAGAAGAUGUUGGCAUUUCAACAAUGAUAUUGCCAGUUAACAUCUCUUCCACUCCACCGUUCUCAGCUGAUGCUUGUCCCAAUGAUGUCUUAUAUGUCUCAGACCUCACUGCCUUUUCUUCUCGCUUCUGUGGGACAAAAUCGCCCUUAAACAAAAAUAUGACCUUUGGAUCUUCUCUUAAGAUGGUGGAAGUCAUUGUGGAGCUGAUCACAACCACCAAUCGUGGGCGAGGGUUUGCGAUGCUCUUCGAAUACAAGAACGGUACAGAAACGAUCGCUACAAAUGAUGUCAAGGAUGGAGAAGAGAAUAUGAUGAUGCUGGUAGUCAUAACUGGGAUCCUGUUCUUUGCAUUGAUUCUGUUAUCCUCACUCUGUAUUGCAUGUAGGUGGAAGUUAUGUCUCAAAAGGAGUUCUCUGGAAGUCCACAGUGACCAAGAGAGUCAGAUCCAGAACGCCGGUGUGGAUGUCAGUGAGCUCCAGCUGGUGAUCCCUGGUCAGGAAAAUGAAAACAACAACCAUUCUGUUGGAGGAAAUGGCCUCGUCACAUCCUGCUCUGGCAGUCUGGAACCCAUCACCGAUCUAGAUGCAUCUUCAAUGUCAGCUGUGACGGGGAGUGAUGAGGUCUUUAUUAUUUCAGCCAGUCCAGAACCUGGUUGCUUGAGUUUUACCUCUUGUAAAAUGCAGGACCACACGUUGAAGCGAAGCACCACAAACCCCACUUCGGUUUCAGAAUGGCUGAUUCCCAAGCAAACGGGGCCCGGCAGUGGGGUGCCUGACUCCUGGGGGGACCACCCCAAGAGCUCUUAUCUGAGGCAGCAGACACAGCGCACCUGCACCUUUCAGGAUCUCCUGGCCCCGUUUCCCCAGCUGCAGGAGCGAUGGUGCAGCUGGGUGACCAACAGUCCUUUCACCAAGCUGGGGAAGAGCGGAAGUUUUUCUACGCCAACCCCAAACCAGCCCAUCGGUAUUCAAAAAGUUACCUCCGCUGGAGAAAUAGAAGGAGCUUCUGAACUGUCCCAUUUGGAUGGUUUGGCCAGUACCGCCUCCUAUCCAUUGACACAUUCGGCACAGAAACAGCGGAAGCUGACUGGUGGCUGCAACUUGAGAAGAUCCCAGUUUGCAAACCCUUCUUUUGGCUCCUUGACGAGUUCUCCUGGCUGCAGCCACCCAAGGCUUCCUGGGCACUCUAAAGUUGAAGGCACUCUGUCCCUGGUCAAAAAUCCCUGUCUGAGAGGAAAGGAUGCUCCAGACGGUCCCAUCCGGCUGAAAAGCAACAUUGUCAACUGUUCCAAAUCCAAGGAUUCUUCUUUAGACAUGGAUGGGCCCAAGCCAGUGUUUGUUAUUUCUGAAGAAGCGGAUGAUCAGCAGCCUUUGGUUUUAGCAGAGCAUACAAAUCAAUAUGUAGAUGUUUUUUCCGAGUCAAAUGCUGUUAUCUAUGAAGGAGGAACGGCCAAGAUGGAGAAGCAGAUGGUGGACCUGCCGCUUCAAGAAGGCUUGGAUGAGUCCACCAGAACCAGGAUGGGCAUGGAUCUGUGGGGGGAGUGCUCCAGUUCCUGCCAAGAUGCCUUUAAAGGUGACAGGAAUGAAACGUAUGUUCCUGGCGCUCACCAAACAUCAGAGUCACUGGCCUCUUUCAAUUCAAUAACUUGUCCGAAUAUGCUACUUUAAUUGGAAGUUCCUGGUUUGUGGAACUAGAAGUGAGGAAGACUAAAAGCUCCUUUGAGAUGGAACAGAGCCGUUCUGCACAGACAGCAUUGAGAGGCAUCCUUAACUCUGCUUAGGGGCAUAUUCCUGCACUCAGCGGUGCUCCUUUGCUUCCCCACCACUUUUUCUAAGUUGCAUGCAAUGAUUGGGGCCAACGCUGUGGUGCACAGUUUGGUUGUGGUGCAUAGAGACCACCCGACGUUUCCCCUCUGGAAUAAGCAGCUCAGCUUUUUUGUUUUCUUUUAAAAGUUGUGUUUGAACUGGGAGGGGUUGUCUGUUCUAACGCCUAUCAGGUUUAUCACGCAAAGGGGCUGUUCUGGUUGCAGUACUUAGCAUGAAAUCAACCAAAUUCUGGCCACGGUUGGGGAAGGCUUCUGAAGUUCUACUGAAGUUUAAUUAUGGUUGCAAAAAUAGGGAAGACAGUGAGCAGGACUGCGGUAGCUAAAAAAAAAUACAAGAAACAAAUGUGAGGAGGAGACUGGUGGCACCUUUCCAGAUUAACAGAGUUUAUUAAAAGACAUCAACAUUAGGAACCCUAACUCUCCUCCUACAGGGUCUACAGUGAGAAGCACCGGAUUCAGCUGAUGAAGCGGCGGUCCAAAGUCAGGUUGAUUAAAAACCCACAACAACAACAGGGUUUGCAUUCACAUAACACAUCAUGCUCAGUUUGGGUGAGCUUGGAUUAAACUUUUGGUGGGUUGGCGUGUUGCCUACACUCAGGCCCUUUCCUGAAGUUGUGGUAUUGCUGAAAUGUAUUGCACAAAGGAGAACAGUGUGUUAAUUCUGAAAGCAGGGUAAGUCUUUUGACGAGGCUGGUUCUUCAGACGUGAAGGCAAAUGUGGGCUUUGGAGCAGGUGAGGGCACUCGCGCCACGUCUGCCUGAAGCUCCUUAAAGCAGCUGUGUCUUUUCUGGGAUCCCACGAUUACAGCAGUGCAAGCCUGGGAGGAGACGCAUCUGGUUUAAAGGGUUGUGGGUGGGUACUAAGCGGCCAGUACUUUGAAUCAACACCGCCCCACGCUUUUCAACCCAUGCCCUGACCGGUUGAAAUUUCUCACUCAAGAAAUGAUUGGCAAGAAGGGAUCUUUCGAUAUUUGUAGGCUAGUUGAAAUACCUGGGGGAUUGGAUGCUUACAGCAAAUUGCCCUCGGGAAUUAGUAUUGGAGCAUGGGGUACACGUUCCACUUUUGUGGUGGUUGAGUAUUUUGAGCUGGCCAGGAGGCUAUGGAUAAGAUGUCAAGCCAACAUGGAUGUUAUUUUUACAGCCAGGUCCAUGCUUUGUUUGGCUGACCCCCUAUUAGCAAGGAAUGCUUCUCGGUCGCCACUAAAACAGGGCACCGCUGUGGCUUAGUUGUGCAAGACGAUGCUCUCUACAACUACGCACCCUUUGUACCUGAACCAAGAGAAAGUUUCCAAAUCUGACUGCACCUAAUGGCCUGACUGGUAUUUUCAUGGCCUUAUCAUGGAAUGUUAUUUAGACUUUCAGACUCGCCGGACGCUCGAAUAGAAGGGAAUGUGUUCCGAAGUCCUGCAUUUGGUUCAGACAGCUGUUUGAGAAAGUCCUUGAAAUAUCUGCUGGAAAACAGGUGCCAAGUAAGGAAUGGGAAAAAUCCAGCUCUAUCAAAUAGAGCAUUUUUGUUUUUCGUUUUUCUGCUAUGUCUGGGAGCUUUAAGGCUGGCUCCUAACAUACUUAACUCAGAUUAAUUUCUGGUUUCACCUGCUGUUUUAAGCUUCCAUCUGCUUUAGCUUAGCAUACUGGGCACAGUUAUGGAGGGGCUUAAGAUUUGUGUGUGUGCGUGCGUGCAUGUGUGCACAUUUGCACUUUGAAAUGAAGUAUUUUCUCUCUGAAAAAUAGGAGCACUGGAUUUAGUCAUAGUAGGGGAAAGAUGAGCAGAAUUUAUAGUGCUUUUGAACGGAAACCUGUUUUCCUAUCUCACUUUAAUCUUCCACGAUUGCUGGGAAAUCUGUUCUAGCUCAAGCAACUGUUUUAGUUCCAGCAACUUCCACAUACACAACUCCCCCGGCUGCUUCCUUUUGUUUUUGCAAAACAUCAACAUAUAAGAAGCUUGUUUAAUUUUUCUCUCCCUCCAAAAAGCUGCUUCAAAGAAACCAAGGCGUGUAUUUGUAUGGAUUUUUUCUCUAUGAAAUUUUCAUACCCUUAACUGCAUGAUCAGUGCAGAAGGUAUGUCUGAAA